AUGCCCCGCCCCCCGUCAAAACGGACUCGCCCCGUCACCAAAACCUCGACAGCCUCAAAUGAAGUACCCCAGCGCAGUCCUAGACGGGAGGAUGCCGACCCGGCUCAAACAUUAGAAUCGCCGUCGAAAUACAAUACAGAUGUGGAAACCGCGACACAACCCAGGGUGAAUACUCAAGCGUCGGGUAUCUCACGGCAGGCGAGGGACCAGACUCCCAUAUCCGAUGCUCAAGAACUAGCGAUUGAGUCGUCACCGAUGGGGGAGCGUGGAGCAACAGGGAGCCGACCACCCACUCGAUCUCGUGGUUAUUCAUCUACUCUUUCCGUGGCCGGACGUAAAGGAGAUAUUAGCUCUAAAAUUCCCGGUACGCCUGCAUUUGAAAGUUCCAUAUUGAGUAAUUUCAGACGACGGCCCCGGCAACCGAGUAUCCUGCAGAUGAUGCAAGCAGAGGAUGGUUCCUCAGAUUUUGACGAUGACGACUUUCUCGGUGGCUUCAGCCCAGAAGACGAGUCUACCCCACUGAACCUUUCCAGAGGAAAAUCACUCGUGAUGCAGAGUGCUGUGGCUUCCUCUCCAUCAUUGCCUUCUAGCGGUGGAUCGCGCAAGCGCAGACGAUCCCUAAACGAGAAUGCGAAUCCCGAAGCACCUCUGGCUGGAAUGGGAACCAGUCCUAUCAACUUGGCAACUUCGCCAAAUCCUAAUCAUGGACGAGAACUGCGUUCCUUCAUGGUAUCACCUCAAACCCCAGCAUCUUUCGCAUUGUCGACGCAAGCAACGGCACCACCCUUGAGCAGCAGCUUGCCUCCAAGCCCCGCAUCGGCUGCGACGUUAGAAGGUCCUCGGCAACUCGCAAUCGAGAAUGCCGAUAGGGAGUCUGAUAAAAAAAUUAGUCUUCCGACCACCACUCUCCAAGACAAGCUCCUUCCUAGACGACAUCAACGGCGGCGCAAACCUCGCCACGUGUCUAACGUGGAGGACCCAGACAAUUCGAGCGACGAUGAUGAGUCUGCUGGUGAGCACGAAGAGGAUGAACUAAGUUAUCUUCCCGGCCAAAAAAUAUCAUGGCCGCAACGAAAGCGACUAGAUAAGUCUAAAAAACUCCCCAACGUUCGAAAUACACAUGGCGCUCAGAAGACCGCCAAGCCAUAUGGAAACCAAGCCAAUUCAGCGGCCACGCGCCCAAAACAAAUCAAGGAAAAUAAUGGAAACAGGUUGGAGACGGACAAAGAAAACAACGAAAUAAAUUCCUCUUCCCCUAUAUCGUCUCCCCCUGACUCGGACACAUUCGAGGCAGAAUCACUGCAGGAAGAAUUGUCAGUAAACUUCAUUAGCGAGGAGCUGAGAGAACAGGCACGGAAAUUUGCAGAAGUUGAUAAUUGGGAAAUGGAAUUCGAGGAUGUCCCUGCUAGCCAGAAUAUCCAUGAAUGA